UUUAUAUCAGCAAGGUCUUCGUGUUUCGAACGAAUAAGCAGUGAAAAAUAUUUUUUCAACUUGCGGAAGUUUCAAAAAAUGGGAAUCACGUUGUACUACUUGCCCCACAGCCCUCCGUGCAGGGCUGUUCAUCUUCUCGCAAAAGAACUUGGGCUUGAAAUCGAAAUCAAAACCGUGAACCUCCUGGAAAACGAGCAUUUGAAUCCGGAAUUUAUUGCGAUAAAUCCCAUGCACACGGUUCCCGCCUUAGACGACAACGGAUUCGUCAUCUGGGAGAGCCAUGCCAUCAUGCAAUAUUUGGCAAACAAAUAUGGAAAAGAAGACGAUGGAUGGUACCCGAAAGAUCCGGAAAAAAGAGCAAUUGUCGACAAUCGCAUGUUUUUCGACGAUGGGACAUUAUUUUCCGCCAUGCGAGGCUACGUGUACCCCGUCUUUCGACAAGAAGUCGAGCAUUUUUCCUCUUCCUUGAGGACAAAAAUGAAGGAAGCUUUGGGAUGGCUUGAUGGGUUCAUUGAGAAAUCCGGAGGAUGGGUCGCGGGUCCGAACAAAACCAUCGCCGACAUCUGCCUCGUGGGGACCAUGUCCAACAUCGAAAAAAUGCCAGGGAUUCACGACUUCGAAGUAAGCACGUACAAACACAUCGAGGAGUGGAUGACGAGGUGCAAAGCCGAGCUGAAGGACUACGACGAAACUAUGGAACAAGGCGCUUACAAGUGGCUCGAAGUUUUCAAAAAAAUCGCCGAAGGCAAAGAAAUAAAGUGAAAUUUAAUCAUUCUCUUUUGCUUCUACUGUAUACUCGAUCGUUUUAACGUACACGGCAAGCACGAACUAAUAUAUAUGCAUAGAACACGCGUCCUUCGGCCUUUCUUCGUCAAUUUUAUCGCAUUCGUAUUCAAUUAGAGGUCGAAUCGAGAGACUUUUAGUGAAAUUUAUGCUGUGUGUUCUGGUGGAAUGAAAAGCGCUUUUUUUCGCACGGAA